ACCCUUACUUAAAAUAUGUUGAAAAAGCUCAAGCGACGAGUCAAGACAUUAAUAACCAAGCCCUUUAAAAAGCCCAAGAAACAUCGUAAACCCCCAACACCAGCAGUUCCUCCUCCUCCUCCGCCGUCAUCUCCGCCUAUGGCUCCUCCUCAAAUUCCCCCCAAAGCCCAACCUUUCCUCUUCCCCAGCGUCCAAUCCUCCGUGCUCCCCGACCCUUCACGUUUCUUCUCCCCGAAGCUCCUUUCGUCCCCUCUCCCCACCAAUUCUUUCUUCCAGAACUUCACUCUCAAAAAUGGUGACCAACCCGAAUACAUCCACCCUUAUCUCAUCAAAUCGGCCGACUCUUCCCUUUCCAUCUCCUACCCAUCUCAAUUCCACAACCCUUCUUUCAUUUACCAAAUUUUCGUCCCUGAUCUUACCGUCUCUGCUUCUGAUAGAACCAGCCCAGCCCAUGUGAUCUCUUCUUACAGUGAUCUCAGUGUUACUUUGGAUUUCCCCUCUUCGAACCUCCGGUUCUUUCUCGUCCGAGGUAGUCCCUUUUUGACCUGCUCUGUAACGGGGAAUACUGCUGUAUCGAUAUCUACUGUUCAUGCGAUUCUCUCGUUUUCUUCGAAUAGUUCGCUCACCAAGCAUACCGUUCAGCUAAACAACGGUCAAACAUGGCUUAUAUAUACGUCUUCGUCUCUCAGUUUGAAUCAUGAUCUUUCUUCUAUCGGGUCCGGCGGGUUUUCGGGUAUUAUUCGGAUUGCUGUGAUGCCCGGUUCUGAUCCGAUGUAUGAAUCCGUCCUUGAUCAGUUCAGUUCCUGCUACCCGACCUCAGGUGUCGCGGUUUUGAAUAAACCGCUUUGUUUGGAAUAUAAAUGGGAAAAGAAGGGCUGGGGUGAUUUGCUUAUGCUUGCACACCCGCUUCAUUUUGAUAUUUUAGCCAGUGAUGGUUGUGAUGUUAAGGUAUUGGAGAAUCUUAAGUAUAAAAGUAUUGAUGGGGAGCUUGUUGGUGUUGUUGGGGAUUCGUGGGUGAUGAAACCGCACCAGGUUUCCGUGACUUGGCAUUCGAUUAAAGGGGUAGACGAAGAAUCGUAUGCCGAGAUUGUGACUGCUCUUGCUAAGGACGUUGAGGCGUUGGAUUCGUCGGCUAUAUCAACGACAUCGUCUUAUUUUUACGGGAAGUUGAUUGCCAGAGCAGCGAGGUUGGCGUUGAUUGCUGAAGAAGUCUGCUAUGUUGAUGUGAUUCCUGCGAUAAGGAAGUUCUUGAAGGAUACAAUUGAGCCAUGGCUGGAUGGAACUUUCAAUGGGAAUGGUUUUCUGUAUGAAUCGAAAUGGGGUGGCAUUGUGACUAAACAAGGGUCGGCUGAUUCUGGGGCGGAUUUUGGUUUCGGUGUUUACAAUGAUCACCAUUAUCAUAUCGGUUACUUCCUUUAUGGAAUUGCUGUCUUGGCCAAGAUCGAUCCGGCUUGAAGGAGGUAUAAGCCACAAGCUUACUCACUCAUGGCUGAUUUCAUGAACCUAGGCAGGCGAUCGAAUUCGAAUUAUCCGCGUUUGAGGUGUUUCGAUUUGUACAAAUUGCAUUCUUGGGCAGGAGGGUUGACUGAAUUCGCGGAUGGAAGGAACCAAGAAAGCACUAGUGAAGCAGUGAAUGCAUAUUACUCUGCUGCACUAAUGGGGUUAGCUUACGGUGACAGCCAUCUUGUUGCGACCGGAUCGACACUCAUGGCAUUUGAGAUUCAAGCAGCACAAACUUGGUGGCAUGUGAAGGAAGGAGACAAUCUAUACGGAGACGAAUUCACAAGGGAGAACCGAGUCGUAGGAGUGUUAUGGGCCAACAAGAGGGACAGUGGCCUUUGGUUUGCUCCACCUGACUGGAGAGAAUGCCGACUCGGGAUCCAAUUGCUACCCAUAUUGCCUAUCAGUGAGGUGCUGUUCUCCGAUAUCGAGUUCACCAGAGAGCUCGUGAACUGGACGUUACCGGCAUUGGAAAGGGAUGGCGUGGGAGAGGGAUGGAAAGGGUUUGUGUAUGCAUUGGAAGCAAUUUAUGACGAAGAGAGUGCUUUGGAGAAGAUAAAGAAGCUGAAUGGUCAUGAUGAUGGGAAUUCACUCACAAAUCUCCUGUGGUGGGUUCACAGCAGAGGCAAAGAACAGGAAAUUGAACAUGGUGCAGGGGGAAAAUAUUGCUGGUUUACCUACUACUGUGAUUGAUUUCAUUUGUGUUAU